AUGUUUCAUGAGUUUUUGUAAGAGUUGGGUACUUUGAAAAAUGCAGAACUUCCCUUCCCUUUCCGUAACUAAUUCAAAAUUAAGGAGAAUUUCAUUAAUCCUAAUAGUAAACAUUUCGAGUCCAUAGCCUAAAAGUAUAGAAAUCAUUAAUAAUGUUUUAGAUUAUUAUCUGAAGAAAAGGCUGGAAUCAAACGUAAAUGGGACAAACAAUGCAAGAUGAUGUUUAUUUGGAUAUUGGGUAAAUUCUUUUAACUCAAAAACAAAAAGACUAUAAACCCAAACUAAGAGGAAUGGAUCCAAUUGGCAUCUAUACUUUAGAUUGAUGAAACUACACUUAAAUAAAGGUGGAUUACUUUGAUUAAUCCAGUGUCUAAAAGUAUCAACUGGGAUCCAGAAGAAGAUGAAAUCAUUAAGUCACUCAUGCAGUGAGUUUAUUUAUAUCUAUAAUUUAGUGAGUAAGAUGAAAAACAUAUAUGGACACACAUUGCACUUGAAUUAUAUAAUCAAAAUAAUGGGCAAUUCAUUAGAACACCCAAAUAGGUUAGAGAAAGAUGGAUGAACUACUUGAAUCCAAAACUUAAAAAGUAACCUCACUUAUUAAAUACAAUAGAACUAAUUGGAGUCAGUAAGAAGAUCUUCAAUUAUUAAAUACAGUCGUCAAAAAUGGUAAGAGAUGGUCACUCAUAUCCACUUUGCUUGAAGGUAGGACUGAGAACUAAGUCAAAAAUAGGUAUAAAUCAGCGCUAUCAUUAUAUAGAUUUAAAAGUUUAAUUUAAAAAAUACACAAAGAUGAAGAAGAAGAUGACAUCGAGGAAUUGUAAGCAAUUAAAGAGUACUUGAAUAAAUAAAACAUUGAGGAGGAGUAAGAACCACAAAAGGAAGAACCUUAAAUUAGAACUCAAUAUUCAAGAUAAGCUAAAUUAAAAUUCAAUCUAAGAGACAAGUCCAAAGACAAAAUUCAAGAAGCCCCUCCAAUUCUACCUUAAGAAACCUAAACUAAAAGAAGAAAGAUAAGUUCCCAGAUAAAGGAUUUCCUUAACAUUGGCCAUGAUCCUGUAGUUUAAUAAUAAUAAAAGGUUUAAUAAGUUCAAAAGACAAAAUUAAAGGAAAAUAAAUAAUAACAAUAGUAAUAAUAAUAAUAAAAGUAGUCAUAGCAAUAGUAAUAAUAAUAAAAACAAUAAUAAGAAUAAUUAAUAAAUAAAUAAAAUGAUGAAUAAUUAUUAGAUUAAUCAUCCUUUUAACUGGAUCAAUAAUAAAAAAUAGUGUCCUAAUAAUAUUAAAUACCCUAAUUAUCAUUAAAUGAAAGCAACAAGAGAGACUUAUCAACGCCAAAUACCCUAUCUUAUUAUUUUCAACCCUAACUUCAACAAAUGGAAGAACUAAAGAAUGAUCAAUUCAGAUUAAAAUAAGUUCAAAUGUCUCCUAUUCAAUAACAACAAUAAUAAAAUUAAGUUCAUUAUCAAGGUUUUCGUCCAUUCUAAGAAGAAAUUCCUUAAUAAAUUCAAUAGACCCCUGUUUAAAUGUUAAUGGGACAAUACUUUAAGAAUUACCCAUCCAAUUAUAAUAUGAUUUCCCCUUUCCAAUAAAUCAAUUAAACACCUAUGGUUUAUACACCUGCCCAACCAAUGUAUAUGUAUAAUAACAACAAUAAUGCCUAUAUGGGCAUGUCACCAUUACUCAUUCGCAGUCCAUAUCAAGAGAUGUCCCCAAGUGUUCAACCUUAAUAAACACCACAAAUGUAGUAAAACAUGUGGUAAACUCCGUUAUAGACCCCUCUUGAUUAGAUGCAAAGUGAAUAGUAAAAGCAAUAAUAGUUUGUAAACAAAUUUAUGCUAAUUAGAAUACAAAUUUGGAGUUUUUAAAAUCAAACAAUCUUCUUAAUUCAUGGAUUAAAAAAAGAACAAAUGAAAAAUAAAAUUAAACAUUUUAUGACUCAUUACAAUCACUAGAUUAAUGA